AUGGGUGUGGAAUGGCCGGGGGCGCGACACUUCACGUCCUCGUCGGGCCACAGGGACACGCUGACCGCUGGCCAGAGGGGACCGGCCGCCCAGGCGGAGGGCAGGUCCGAAGUCUCGUACAUGGACGUGUCGAUGUCCUCGAAGAUAUCGUCCAGGGCGACUGUUGACGAGGCCGGUGGGUGGAGGUUUCUGUUGGUCGGGGGAGGCCUGGGCCUCCUGAGGGGGGGAUUCUGGGGGAGACAGGCCGUCUCCCUCCGCGCAUCCAGGACAGGUGACCGGCGCGUCGUCCCCGAGGAGAGCGUCCGGCCCGGCGUGGCCCGGCGUCUCCCCCUGGAGCUGGCGGAGCGUGUUGAUGAGCAGCACGGAGCGGCGCAGGCUGAGCUCCACGCCGGCCUGGUAGUGCUGCAGCUUCUGCAGGCAGAGGCUGAGCACCAGCUGCCGCUGCUGGACGUGGCCCGGGCCGGACAUCUGGCCCGUUGCGUCCACCGCCGAAGCCGGGAGCAGCUCGCCGUCCAGCUCCUCCAAGCAGCUCCACUUCCGUUUCACGCCGCGUCCCAACAUCGACCUGCAACGCCGACACGCCAAAAGGUGUAUAAAUCCGUCGUGCCCUCGGCUUCCUUCGUUCCGUUGCCGCGUUCCUGUACCAUCGAGAUCCGGAGUAUGAGGAAUGUUCAGUCCAUCCACAGCAGCGGGAGGGGGGGAGGAGGCGGGGCUACGGAGGAGGAGAGAGAGGGAGGCGGGACGCCGGGGCUCUUCCGCGAAGCCGAUUGGAUAUGGGACCUGCCAGUCAAACCUCCGCCUCCGCUACUCACGGGGCAGCGAAUGUGCGGCAAUUUGUUCCGACGACGAGCUGCCGUUAGAAAGGUUAUUUAA